AUGACCGGCUCCGACGGGCGUGGCAGUCGCGCCGAGCGCGUUGAGACGCACGACGCGGCACGCGAGCAGGGUCAGGACGCAGGCAGCGAUGCGCGUACUGCCGAGGGAACGAAGCAGGCACGCGAUAAGGCCGACGGUGCGGACGCCGAUGACCCGACACGCGAGCGUGCGCAGGACGACGAGAAGGAGGCCAUCGAACGCCGCCGAAACGCGGAAGCCGCCGCCUUGACGCUUGAAAUCGUCGGGGACUUGCCGUAUGCCGACAUCAAGCCGCCCGAGAACGUGCUCUUUGUGUGCAAGCUCAAUCCCGUGACGCGCAGCGAGGAUCUGGAGCUCAUUUUUUCGCGCUUUGGCGAGAUUCGCAGCUGCGACGUGAUACGCGACAAAAAGACGGGCGACAGUCUGCAGUAUGCGUUUAUCGAGUUUGAGCACCGCGCGUCGGCAGAGCAGGCCUACACCAAGAUGCAGAACGUGCUCAUCGACGACCGACGCAUCUGGGUCGACUUUUCGCAGAGCGUGUCGCGACUGCAGCAUGUGUGGCGGAAGCGCCGAGCCGCGGCCCUGCAUCGAUCGCGCCCUGAUCGAUCGAGGGACGCGCGUCCUCGGCGACGGUCUGCUUCCCCUCCACCUCGUAGGUAA